UGUAACAGAGUUUCAAAUUAUCGAAAUUUAAUAAAAUUAUAGAGGAAAAUCUUCUACAAAAUUUUCCGACUUCAUUUUUGGAUAAAAUCAAAUGAAAUUUAGCCACAAUACAUCUGUAUUUUGUGGCUAAUAUUUCUGGCAAAAAUGUAAGAAAUACAUUAAUCCUACUACUAUUAUAUACAAUAAUCUAAUUUGACUUAUGAUUUAUAACUAAGUAACGAGUAAGUAGUGAGUUGGGAGCCAUCAGAUUUAGCGUCAAGUAAAAUCAAUUGCGUAGACGGUAGCCGAUAAGCGCAGUACAUCACUUGAUGUAUAAGUAGCCUUAUUAAAUUAGUUACAAAUACUAAUUAUUAUAAACAUUGAGUAACAACAUUUGCGAGAUGUCAAAUGUCUUGGAGAUUUUAAUUUUGGCCUCAGAGAAAGCGGCGCGGAUAGCUCGGUCUUGUGCCGGUAAUAACGACUCGAUUUUAAUAGCUGAGAAAAGUUAUGAUGCUAAUCCCCGAUUUGAUAAAGAUUUCAAAACUAUCGCUGAUGUAUUAGCCCAAGAAGCGGCCAAAUCAUUGAUAGUGUCAUAUAUACCCGAGCUUAAGGAUUAUGUACGGGGUGAAGAAUGCUCAGACAUAGGUGGUGUUACAAUUUCCUUGAAAGAAACCUUACAAGAAACAAUUGAUUUACUUAAAAUAAUUUUACCCGAAGAGACAGCUAAAUGUAUGGCUGAAGCAGCUCACAGUGAUAUAAAAAAUAUGGAAUGUGAAACUAUUCCCAAUCUAGGAUCAAUUGACUAUUCAGAUUUAGGAGUCUGGAUUGACCCAAUUGAUGGUACAGCAGAGUUUAUUGCUGGAGUCCGUGGAGAAGCUAAACCCGGUCAUGGUCUUCAGUGUGUCACAGUUCUUAUAGGGGCAUAUAAAAGAUCUACUGGAGAGCCCGUUAUUGGUGUAAUCAAUCAGCCAUUUUACAAUGGUGGCACAGGAAGGGUUAUUUGGGGCAUAAGUUAUGGUGACAUUAAAUUAUGUUCUCACGAAAAAAGUACUUCUUUACCGAGAAAACUGAUUUUAAUGAGUAGUGCUGAAAACGAAAAUGUAAUAAACAAGUUUAAGGAUUUAGGUUGGGAGAUACAAUCUGUGCCAGGAGCAGGUCAUAAACUGCUCAAAGUUGCUUUAGGUGAAGCCACAGCAUACCUUGUUUCAAAGGGAACAACAUUCAGAUGGGAUACAUGUGGACCACAUAGCAUUUUAUCAUCAUUGGGAGGUGACAUUAUAAACUUCACCGAUUUUUCUCUUGUAAAAUAUAACGAUCCUGAUCAUUUGGAUUCCCAAAUAUACUGCAAUAAGCAUGGAAUUAUAGCAUUUUUAAAUCAACAUGUAUUUGAAGAAAUACAACAAGUUUUAAAAGAAUUUAUCUAAUUGUAUUUGACAUUAUUUCUAAUUUUAGUAUUAGCACAUCUUUUUAUUCCAGUUUUAUGGUAAAUUAUUUUUUUGCAAUUUGCUAAGCACAUUUCUUCAAACGCAUUUUACCCUGUAUGCGCAAUUCCUAAGUCAUAAAUAUAUUAAGAAAGUCAGUUUUAAAAGGAUAAAGUUAUUAAUUACUAAUUAUGUGCUGUGUGCUAAAAUUUUGAAUGUACGGAAUUUGUACCUGAUAAUUAAUAAAAUCUAGUCAUUAAAAUUUUAAAUAUCAUAUAUGUUGAGUAUAAUAUUAUAUAUGUUGAGUGUGAUAUU